AUGAGUCUCUUUGUACCAGAAGACGAUGAAACGCAACUAGACACCAUGGAUUUAGAUGUCUCCAAGGAAAAUUUGGACGGAGACAGCUCAAAAGCGGACAUGAAUAGUGACGAAGAAGAUCCAGUAAUCAAUGAAGUUCCCAUUCAUAUCAAUAGUAGACUGAGGGAAGAACUGGUAAUCCUACAGUAUACCAAUAGGUUUAAACAGAGAGAGCAACCGAAUAUAUCACAGGUAAGAUUCAAACCCCAAGCCGGAGUUCUUGAGUUAAAUGUGCCACUGGAAAAAUCAAAAUACUUCAGUCCUGAAAAGUCUGCUGAAUGGGACAACAUAGAUAAACAGAUAUUGCGAGGAGUAUUGAACGAGUCAUCUACGUAUUAUGCGGGCGUGGUGAAAAAUGGAGCUAUACAUCUAAAUCCUAUACAGAAGAAUGCACAGGUACGACCGUACUUUGAAUACAUGGACCAACGAAAGUCAGAAAAGCAGAACCAGUUUCACCAGCAGCUCAAGAUAGCGAACGAAACGACUGAUGCAUCGAAGAAGGAGGUCCGUGUCGUACAGAUGUCCAUGAAAACUACAGUAGACAGUCAACCAAGGUUGGGAGGAGCGCUUCAAUCUAACAAGAGUGAAUCUGAAGAGGCAUGGGUCGAUUACGCUUGGUUAGGAUCAUCCAAGGAGCAAUUGCAGCUAGCUAACAAAGAUGACACUCUGUUACAAUCUAAUAUGACAAGGGAUGAGUAUAUGGGAGAGUUAUUUAAAGAAACUAGGGUAGAUCUUUAA